AUUUGUUUUUUUUUUAAGUGUGUUUGUUUUGUUUUGUUUUAUUAAUCAAGCUUAACAAUUGUGCAAAAGGAAAAUGUUUGAGAAAAAUAUGAAUUCAACAAAUUUAUCAGUAUCAAUUAGCGGUGAUUUGGACUCGACCUCAUCAGGUGGCACAUCAUCAGAUCACUCGGCCAUCCAACAGGAUAAUCUUAGUUCACCCAUGGCCUAUGGAUCACUAUUUUUGCCACAUGCUGGUUAUCGCGGCAAUAUAUCAUGCAAAACCGUACUCCAGUUGGAUGAGGUGUAUGAGGCCACAGAAAAGGAUCACCAUCAUCAUCAACAACAACAACAACAGCAGCAACAACAACAACAUCAACAGCAUUUGCUUGAACGACGUUUUCAGGAUAUCACAAAUGGUGGCUAUGAUGAAAAUAAAACGCCACCGCCCAUUGCCUCAACCACGCCCAGACUAUACCCAAAUCUGAACAGUAUUAUGUUUGAGAACGAUGUCAAUGGCAAUACAAAAACAACAACAACAGAUACACUUGGCCUACAACGUGUCGGUGUUGUUGGAGUCGCCGGCACUGCAAAUCUUAGUCAUUCAAGCAAUAGUAGUGGCCAUUUGAUUUCGAAUCUAACAACUGCCCAUAAUAUGUCCGCUGUGGGCAACUUUCCCAUCGAUGCCAAAAUGUUGCAAUUCUCAACUGAUCAGAUUCAAUGCAUGUGCGAGGCCUUGCAACAAAAGGGGGACAUUGAGAAGCUUACCACAUUUCUUUGCAGCCUGCCACCAAGCGAAUUUUUUCGCACCAAUGAGAGUGUACUUCGUGCCCGCGCCAUGGUUGCCUAUAAUCUGGGACAAUUUCAUGAAUUAUACAAUUUACUAGAGACACAUUGUUUCUCCAUCAAAUAUCAUGUCGAUUUGCAGAAUCUCUGGUUCAAGGCCCACUAUAAAGAGGCCGAAAAGGUCCGUGGACGUCCAUUGGGGGCUGUGGAUAAAUAUCGUCUACGCAAGAAAUAUCCAUUACCCAAAACCAUUUGGGAUGGCGAGGAGACAGUUUAUUGUUUCAAGGAGAAAUCACGAAAUGCUUUAAAGGAUUGCUACUUGACCAAUCGUUAUCCCACUCCCGAUGAGAAAAAGACCCUGGCCAAAAAGACAGGAUUGACACUCACCCAGGUUUCAAAUUGGUUUAAAAAUCGCCGACAAAGGGAUCGUACGCCACAGCAAAGACCUGAUAUAAUGUCCGUUUUGCCUGUGGGUCAAUUGGAUGCCAAUGGUUGUUUUCCGCGCAUGUUCAAUGCCCCAAGCUAUUAUCCCGAAACCAUUUUCAAUGGGCAAUAAACAUUAACUACAGGCAGAGGCUGUUGUUUCUUCUUUUUUUUCUUUUUUUUUGUCUUCUCUUUUUCUCCUCUUCUCAUCUUUUGUAAAUAAUAAAUUAAUAAAUACAAAUGUAUGUAUGUCAUCAAAUGACAAAAUAACGAAUUGUAUUGUACAAUAAUAAAUAAAUUAAAUAAUUCAA